AUGUUGAAGCGUUCUUUUGGUUUCAAGGAUCGUGCCGGCAAGGCUACCAAGCCUGUCAAGAGAUCAUUCCGUGAUGAUGCAAAGUUGAAGUUGAUGGAGCAGCUUUCUCAGCCGUCCAGUCCGCCGUGUGCUGCCCAAGCCUCACCCAGGCUCAACAGUGCCAUAGUCACCAUAGUGGUAGGCAAGGACCAACGUCUGUUCGCUGCCCACGAAGACGUCCUAAACACCUCGCCCUUCUUCCAGUCGGCAGCAAAGGACGCCCUCUACACUUCUUCCUCGCACUCAUCCCGCCGCAUCUUCCUCCCCGACGAAGAAGCAGAGACCUUCUCCGCCGUCCUCGAAUUCAUGUACAAAGGCGAUUACUUCCCACGUCUCCUCCACGACCGCAGAAGAAACAUCUGGGUACUCGAAUCCAUCGACGACAUCUCCCCCAAAUACCAAGGCAGAGGCAACUCCGACACCGUCACCACCUUUAGCGUCAAAGUCAAUGGAUUAAUCUUGCGAGAUACGGCGAUUUACUGCCUGGCUGAGCGAUUUGGGCUUGAAGAGCUCAAGAAGCUAUCUUUGCGUAAGCAAGGCUUGCAGUCGGGUAUUGAAGUAGCCACUAUCUUGCGCAGUGCAAGAUUUGCAUAUGAUAACACUCCAGAGACUGAUUCGAGGUUGCGUGCGCAUUACCUUGCUUUGAUUAUUCGCAGCCGCAACACUUUUAAGCGUAGUGGUACUAUGCAGGUGGAGAUUGAGAGUGGUGGUCGCAUGUUCUUUGAUCUGUUUGUGGCCAUGGCGAAUCAUAUUGAUGAUUUGACUGAAUUGAAAGACACUCGCCCUUCUCGUGUCGCUUGAUUCAUCCUUCGCUGUGACCUUCGUCUCUCAGGUCAAGCUUGCUUCCAGGAAUCCAUUUUCUCGACAUCCUUCUAUCACAUCACCACCUACCAGAAACCCCAAGCC